UGCCAUGAGAAUGACAGUGACACUAGAAGCAAGAAAAGAUCGAUACACAUGAAUUCGCACUAGAUACAAAAAGCAGACCCCAGCACACAUGCAUAGGCAUACUACAUAAGGACGGAGGUCUGAAUUCAUAGCGCAGGAACAAGAACUGAAGUCGAUCCUCAACUGCUUUCCUUCAUCCUUCUCUGACGAGGUCGGUCGAUCUGUUUGUGAUACUCGAUCAGGUUGUGAUCUUCUAAUGACGGAGCUGACCAAGGUCAAGGAGAAAUGGCGGCAGCAGGCCGACAAGCUGCAGCGUUGCGUCUUCAACGAUGGCGUCGUCGGAGCCCCCGACGGCGCGACGACGGCGCCGUGCUGGGACUGCAGCAUCUGCCUGGAGACGGCGUCGGAGCCGGUGGUGACGCUGUGCGGGCACCUCUACUGCUGGCCCUGCAUCUUCCGCUGGCUCACCACCUCCUCCUCCAAGUCCCGCGCCUCGUCCUCCUCCGCUUGCUGCCCCGUCUGCAAGGCCGCCGUCUCCGAGGACCACCUCGUGCCGCUCUACGGCCGCGCUCGCGCCGCCACCGUAAGCCCGGCCGAAGGCAGAGUCUGGCAGGUACAGCGUCGUCCGCCGGCGACGGAGCCGAACGCGGAGCGCCUUGAGGGGCGGGACUCGGACGACGGCGGCAGCUUCUACUACUACUACGACAACGUUGGCAUCAGCAAUGGCCUGGACUGCUACAACGCGGAGCGCUUGCUCGGCGGCAUCGCGCUGGCGGUGCUAAUCCCAUGGGCGGCGAGGGGCGGCGGGAGGCCGCCACCGCCGUCUUUGUACCGCGACGGCGAGGGCUGGCGGAUGGCGCGCCAGCAGAGGCGGGUGGCCCGCAGGUUGCGGCAGAUAUGGGUGUUCCUCGCCAUGCUGGCGUUCCUCUCCUUCCUCCUUGUUUGAGGGAAAACAUUCGUUUUAAACCCUGAAUUCGUACAGGUUCCGCGAAUUAAACCUUCAAAUCUAAAUCCCUGUCGUUUGCAUUCUAAUGUAUGCAAUCUCGAUCUAAAUUGAACCCUGGAUUCGUGUGCUAAA